AUGUUGUUUGCCUUAAUUGUUGUCUCGAGUAUUGCUGUGGCAUACAUCGAUGCUGGUAGUAAUAAAAAGGAUGAAUCACGUUUACCAAAACAUGGCUGUUUAAAUGAAUGCUAUAGACAUGUUGGUGUCUAUUAUUUAAGUUAUAUUAAUUCAACCACUCAUGAAAUAAUAACAUUUCACGCGGAUGGCACAUUCAGCGCGGUUGAUUCUGAUGAAGAUGGCAAUCAAUAUUCAACAGAUCCAGCAGAUACGCCCUAUUCAAGUGAAUAUGGUAUUUGGAAAUGUGAUGGGAAAAAUGAUAUUGAGGCUACAUCAUUAGACUUUUCGUUUCCAACAUUGGCUCAACCAUGCUAUCGAUCAUUGGAUGUAAAUACGUAUUCAUUUAAAUUUGAUCAUGAUCAAGUUGAGGGUAAAAUUACAUACACUGCUUACAAAGAAAAUUCGCUAAGUCCAAAUCAACCGUCCGUACCGAUAAACGGACCAAUUGCAUUCCCAUUUCAAGGCUACAAAGUGUUCAGUUUAUGUGAGGAAAAACAACACAAGGAGUAUUAG